UUUCAGAUUUAGAGAAUAGAAAUGCUGCUGCGUCGUGUUGAUGAACUGUGUGUAGAUGAUUACGGUUUGUGUGAUCUUCGUAUUAUUUGUCAGGGAGCACAGUUUUACACGCACAGGUUGUUGCUGGCCGCAGGAAGUGGUUUCUUGAAAUCCCUUUUACUGGCGAGUGAGGAAGAUAUUGUUAUCCUACCUAACUUCCAACCUGGAGAAGUUGGAGAACUUCUAAACCUUCUCUAUGGUCGAGAAACCAACCUGGAGACGGUCAAACAUAUUUAUCAAUCCCUGAGCUUCGGUAGCUUUUCACAAAUCAGAUUGAGAAAAGGACCAGUUAGUCCUGAAAUGUGUUUGAAGAGUGAAGAUGCUCACAGGAUAGAAUUAGAGGAGAUAGAUUAUCAACGAGAUAAAGAUCCUGAUGACGAGUUUCCUUGUGACCAAUGUGAACAUGUGGCAACUAACAAGUUUAAAUUAAAGUUACACAUGAAGAGAAAACACUUAAAACCUGUAGAAACCAACAAUUAUCCCCGGACAUGUGAUCAAUGUGACCAUAUUGCAAACAGUAAAAGUAAUCUGUGGUAUCACAUGAGAAGUAAGCAUAUUGGAGAGAAGUAUCCAUGUGAUCAGUGUGAAUAUUCUACUCCCCAGCUAUCCUCUCUAAAAGUACACAUGCAAAGUAAACAUGAGGGAAAAAAAUUUCUCUGCGAUGAAUGUGAUUAUAUUUCAACAUUUCUCACAGGCUUGAGACAGCAUAAGAAGAGCAAACAUGAAGAUGUGAAACAUCCCUGUGAUCAGUGUACACAUGUAUCCACGUCUAGAGGAAAUCUGAAGCAACACAAACAGAUUAAACACGACGGAAUCAAGUUUCUCUGUGAUCAGUGUGAAUAUUCUACAACCAAACAAUUCUAUUUAAAAGAGCACAGACUAAACGUGCAUGAGGGUGUGAGAUAUCCCUGUGAUAUGUGUGAUUACUCUGCUACUCGAAUAUCGUUUCUAAAACGACAUAAACAAAGCAAGCACCAAGGUUUACGAUUUAAAUGUGAUUUAUGUGAUUAUACAGCAACAAGGAAGGAUAAAUUAAAGGGGCACAUGAAUAAGAAACAUAAUUAUACUUAAUUUAGUCUCAUUAAACCUAAAAUAUUAUUUUUAUGUAUUUUCUAAAGUUAAUUUUAAUAAAUUCUAGUUUAUGAAAAAUU